AUGGCUGCUGAAGCAAACUCAACUCCUUCUUCUUCUUCUUGUAGAGACCGUAGAUGGAAAUAUGAUGUUUACCUCAGUUGCAGUGGCGACGACAUGCCGAGGAGUUUCACAGACCCCUUAGAUGUUGCUUUGACUGGGCAAGGAAUUCGCACAUUUAGAUUUAGGAAUGGUGAAGCAUCUAAUCCCCCAGUAAUCUUCUUAAAGGCAAUUGAAAAUUCAAGAUUUUCAAUCCUUGUUCUUUCAAGAAAAUACGCCCAUUCCAUACGGUGCUUGAAUGAGCUUGAGAAGAUCGUUAAAUGCAGGAAAGAGAUGGGACAGGCAGUUCUGGCGGUUUACUUCGACGUGGAUCCAGCUGAGGUGCAAAAACAGGGCGGGAAUUUGGAGCACGUUUCCGUAGACCAUAUAAAGAAAGUGUCAAAUUGGAGUGCUGCUCUUCUUGUAGUACCCAGUCUCCCUGGAUGGCAUGUACGAGAUCGGUACAAAGCACAAAAUAUUGAACUAAUCGUUAAAGUUUUAUGGGCACUACCUAUUUCUCUACAUGAGUGGAAUAGUAAAUUGCUUGAGAAAAAGAAAAGUGAUGCAGUCAAGAUGAUUAUUCAAAGCCUAAAUGACAAUGAGAAGAGAAUUUUUCUAGAUAUUGUUUGUUUCUUUAAAGGAAUGGAGAAAAAGCGAAUAAAGGAAAUCCUAGAUUGUUAUGGUUGUUGCCCGUGCAGUGCAAUAGAAGUCCACAUUGAGAAUUCCCUCGUAACUAUUCUAGACAAUAAAGUGAUGAUGGAUAGGUUCAUAGAAGAAACUGGGCAAGAAAUUGUUAGUGCCGAGUCUCUUGGGGAGCGUGGUAAGCAAAGCAGAUUGUGGCUUACUCACGACAUCCUUGAUGUGUUUGGGAACAAUAAGGUAACUGGUUGUGCAGAAAGAUUAAGCAUAUGUAGUAGCAUUUCAUUUUCUAUACUCUGA